GCAGUCAGUCAGUCAGUUGGACAUCCCUUAACAAGCCUGUGCUGCUCUCCUCAGUUCCAAGAAUAAUAGUGAAGACAUCAAAACUAUGAAAGAACACAUAUGGAAACAGAAAGUAACCGAAUAGAAGACUCCAAACACCCAAGAUGGCUGACAAGAAAGGCAAUGUGUCCUCAAGCCGUAAGCAUACUCUGAAGAGUUGUAUGCUGGCAGUCGCUAAGGAUUUGCUCGAAGCUGAAGCAUUAGAGAAAGUUAAAGAAAGGGAGAGAUACAUGGACGAGAACUGCCCUCUUCUGGAGAUUCCCCACUCCAAGGAUGAUUUGGUGGACCUUUGCACAAAGAUAUACGACAAAAUUAAUGUGAUUGAUGAGGAGAGAUACAACUUAGAAUACAAAGCAGUCAUGGUUUGCAAUGAGGUUAUAGACCUAAACAUAAAAAUCAUUGACAUGAGGGGCAAGUUCAAGAAGCCAGCUCUGAAGAAAGUGCGUAUGUCUGCUGAUGCUAUGCUCCAGGCUCUGCUGGGCUCCAAGCACAAGGUGACCAUGGAUCUGAGAUCCAACCUAAAACAAGUGAAGAAAGACGAGAAGAAAGAGGAUAAGGAUUUGCGUGACGUUGGUGACUGGCGUAAGAACAUUGACGACAAGGCUGGCAUGGACGGCAGGAAGAAGAUGUUUCAGGGAGAUUCUUAGGUCAUUGGGAUGUGUUUGUGUGACGUGGCUGGCUACUGUCCUGCAAUGUCUAGCUGUCAAACACAUACUGAUAUUCAUUACAACUAAUAUCAUGACUAUGUAAUCUGUGUAAAAUCUUUGUUUCUUUUGAAGAUGGAAAGAAACAGAAGGAAACAGAAACAAGAUGUAUGUAAUUGUUUGACAGUUGAUUUACUGUAGUAGAGGUAAAAGUGAACAACUUUUCUAAUAAAUUGCCAUUAAAGGAAA